CUAGCAUGUCUUCUUUAGGCCUGUAGCUCCUCUCCUUCAGCAGUUCAUCUUUAGGCCCGUGGCGGCGGCCAGCCAGCCGUGUUUACAUCCCGGACGCGGCGCUGUGCGUGUCUCCAGCUGGCAGGCAGAACUGGUCCCUCAACAGACUUCAGAUUGUACACUAGCUACUCACUAUGGCUCCUAUAAUAACAAGUAUAGUGCCAGAGAGACUCAAGGGGCUAAAUGUGGACAAUCCAGACCUGUGCACACUUGAGGCCACAGUGGUCACUGGAUUGGAGGAUGUUGCUGCUGAGGAGUGUAUGGUGAAAUUGGGAGUUAGUAAUUGUGUGCAGGCAAGAGGAAGAGUGUUCAUUGAUGUGAACAUUGCUGAUGUUUCAAAGGUACUGGCGUUGCGGUCCAUUGACAAUGUCAACAUUGUACUAGCAAUGACAAAUAACUUCACCUUUGCAGAUCAGAGGGAGAAGUGUUUUGAGCAGCUCUACAAGUUUGCGGAAAGGCCAGACUGGAAGAAAGGUACAAGGGUGUGGAAAGAAAUCUUCAGUUACCCUGAAGAACCUAUUGGGAAGGUGAUCGCCUUGAAGAAUGAGUACUGCCAGCCCCGGCCUGAGGUUGAUCUCAAACGAAUGAAAUUGUCAUCGAAAAUCCUGGAUAAUUUACCUGAGGGUGUAAUACCUGAACACCUAAGGCAGGACAAAGAGUCAUCUGUUCCAGAAGUCUCUGCAGAUGAUAAAAGAGAAUCAACAGAGGCACCAACAACCACAAUUUCCAGUGACUCAGAGGCUCUUGGACCCAAGUUUCGAGUUACAUGCAGCAGGACUGGUUCAACCCAUAAUUUUGGCAGUCCAGAAGCGGCCAGACAGUUUGGUGCUGGUGUGAAUGACAUGUUCAGAUGGCCGGUGGACCUAGCCAACUUUGACCUUGAGGUCCUUCUCUGCAUUGAUAGAGAAUUUGUCUAUGUUGCACUCUGCCUUACCAGGGAGCCCUUGUUCAAACGAAACAUUACUUAUUUUGGCCGCACUAACCUGAGGGCAACUGUAUGCCAUAAUAUGAUGCGGCUAGCAGCUCCCCAGCCUGGCGAGGUGGUAAUUGACCCUAUGUGUGGAGGGGCUACAAUACCUAUGGAGGGUUCUCUCACACAUCCUCAAGUAGUUCAUCUUGGUGGAGACAAUGAGGGCCAGGCAGUGAAGCGCAGCAGAGAUAACAUUAACCACCUGUUGAAAAAAGGAAAAUCUAUGGUGGUUGAUGUUGCUCAGUGGGAUGCUACAAGACUGCCUCUAAGAAGUCAGUGCGUAGAUGCAGUAGUGUCAGAUCUACCGUUCGGAAAACGUAUGGGAAGAAAAGUUGACAACCGUGUUCUCUACUACCAAUCCCUUGUGGAGUUGGCCCGUGUCACUAAAAUGAACACUGGGCGUGCUAUUUUGCUUACAUAUGAUACACGCAGUAUGAUAAAGAACAUCAAGAGAGUCCAUACUUUGUGGAAAACAGGAGCAUCACGAACUGUAAACAUCGGUGGACUGCCUGCAGUGAUCUAUACUUUAUAUAGGACCUCACAACUGGAUAUUAAUACUCCUAAUGAAAUUCAUGAAUCUAAAGACCUUCACCAAUAAUGGAACUCAAAUUAACUAAAAAUAACUUUCACAUCAGAACAUUAUUGAUAUUUUCACAUGAAGGAUUGAUAAUUCUUACACACAUAAUUAGGAGAUUGUGUUCUGACGGACUUAACAUUUCCAUUACUUUUGUCCAGCAUUGUCCUUACUUGAACAUUUUGUAGCUUGUUUGCCUUGUGUAAAUGUUUGUUAACAUUCAAUCUGUUUUAGGAGACUAUGUUCAUGGAAAGGCUGUAUUGAUUAAAUUUUGCAUAUA